GUGUGGUCAUAUAGAAGAAUAAAAACUCGGCCCAUGGUGAUCAUCCCUGUAUCUCCCAUUUCCAUCCUCUCUCUCGCUCUCUCUCUCUCUGCCUGUUAAACCCUAACAUAAGCCUCUCUCUCUCUCUGAGGCACGUGCAAUGGCCAUUUGCUUCCAAGCUCCAGUGAAGCCCAUCUGCGUGCGACCCUCCAUCACCUUCUCCUCCACACCCAAACCUCAGUCUUUGCGCUGCAACCUCUCUGUUCCGAUCAGAACCCAAGUCUCCGAACCCGAACCCGUUCUGACCUCCGUCAAGACCUUUGCGCCAGCCACCGUGGCCAACCUCGGCCCGGGUUUCGAUUUCCUGGGCUGCGCUGUGGACGGCCUCGGCGACUUUGUGUCGCUCUCCGUCGACCCCAAUGUCCACCCGGGCCAGAUCUCCAUCUCCCACAUCUCCGGCGACGCUUCCGGCAAGCUCAGCAAGAACCCCAACUGGAACUGCGCCGGCAUCGCCGCCAUCGAGGUCAUGAAGAUGCUUGGCGUCCAAUCGGUCGGUCUCUCCCUCUCUCUCCACAAGGGCCUUCCCUUAGGGAGCGGCCUCGGCUCCAGCGCCGCAAGCGCCGCGGCCGCGGCGGUCGCCGUGAACGAGAUCUUCGGCGGGAGGCUCGGGCUGGAGGAGCUCGUCCUCGCCGGGCUGAAAUCGGAGGAGAGAGUAUCCGGUUACCACGCAGACAAUGUAGCACCGGCGAUCAUGGGGGGUUUCAUUCUGAUUCGAAACUACGAGCCCUUGGAGCUAAUGAGGCUCAACUUCCCUGCCGAGAAAGACCUCUUCUUUGUCCUCGUGAGCCCGGACUUCGAGGCACCCACGAAGAAGAUGCGCGCGGCUUUGCCUACAGAGAUCGGAAUGGCGCACCAUGUGUGGAAUUGUAGUCAGGCUGGCGCACUGGUGGCGUCUGUGUUGCAGGGGGACCUUGUGGGGUUGGGCAAGGCGUUGUCCUCGGAUAAGAUCGUGGAGCCGAGACGAGCGCCUCUGAUUCCGGGCAUGGAGGCGGUGAAGAAGGCGGCGAUCGAGGCCGGGGCGUUCGGGUGCACGAUAAGCGGCGCGGGGCCGACGGCGGUGGCGGUGGUGGAGAGUGAGGAGAAGGGGGAGAGGGUUGGGGAGAGGAUGGCGGAGGCGUUUUGGAGAGAGGGGAGUUUGAAGGCCGUGAAGGCUGUGAAGAAGCUUGAUAGGGUGGGUGCUAGGCUUGUUUCAUGAUGAUGGCUGGCUGCAGCAAAUUUUGGUUUUUUUUUUUCAUUUUUGGAUGCAAAUUGGAUGAUAAAUAAUGUUGUUGUGAGUUGCUGUUUGUGAUAAUAGAGUUGGUGAAAAUCAUCAGCUGUUUCUCUUCUUGCUUCAUUAUUAGAACAUGUUUGUGUUUCGAUUUU